AGUGCUGACCAGUAGUAGACAAAGAAGAAGAAUCAAGAUCACCAAAUUGCUCUCUGCCUCUUGUUUGUAUAUAAACACCACCAAAUCAACCUAAUUAGUUGCUUCAGUGAGACAGCAGCCAUCACAAGCUAAUUAGACAGAGAGCAAGCCAUCUUGUAAUUAGCAGGAGAGAGAGCUCAAGCUCGAGCAAAUCAAUGGAGGAGAGGUUCUUGGCCGAGCCGCUCAAGGCGACCACGGUGACAUGCAUCCCAAGGCUGCGCGGCGGCGGCGGUGGCGGCGCGAGGCGGCAUCGCCGCGCUGCUUCCUCCGGCGGCGGCGCGGCGCCGCCGGUGUCGUCGUCCGUGCUGGACCGUGUCCGGGACGUCGUGCUGAGGCUGGCGAUGCUGUCGGCCGCGUCGACGACGACGAAGCAGGGCGCCCUGCCGCCGCAGCAGCAGACGGCGACGCCGAUCAGGACGUCGCCGGGCAGGUCGGCAGCGGCGACGUCGAGACGCUCCGCGGCGGUGCGGAUGAGCCCGGCGGCGCCGGCGUACGCCGACUCAUACCGGAGCGAGGCGGUCGACGAGUGCAUCGAGUUCUUGAAGAGGUCGGCUGCCGGCGUCGGCGUCGGUGGCGCGCCGGCGUCGCCCGCCGUGGGAGUAAUGAACUCGCCGUCACCUUUGCAUGCAUGUGCCAUGUGAUUCAAAGUACUAUCAGUGUUAGCUGUACAUAAUUAAAAAUAAAUAAAAUGUUGUUGUCUUUGCCUUUU